AUGAAGAGAGAGAAAGAGACUAAGCGAGAGAGAAAAAAAAUACUCAGGUCAUUCCCAUCUGUAGCAGGCAGCAGGACUAAACCAGGCUGCAGGACUAGACCAGGCAGCAGGACUAAACCAGGCAGCAGGACUAGACCAGGCAGCAGGACUAAACCAGGCAGCAGGACUAAACCAGGCAGCAGGACUAAACCAGGCAGCAGGACUAGAACAGGCAGCAAGACUAGACCAGGCAGCAGGACUAGACCAGGCAGCAAGACUAGACCAGGCAGCAGGACUAGACCAGGCAGCAAGACUAGACCAGGCAGCAGGACUAGACCAGGCAGCAAGACUAGACCAGGCAGCAGGACUAAACCAGGCAGCAGGACUAGACCAGGCAGCAGGACUAAACCAGGCAGCAGGACUAAACCAGGCAGCAGGACUAGACCAGGCAGCAAGACUAGACCAGGCAGCAGGACUAAACCAGGCAGCAGGACUAGACCAGGCAGCAGGACUAAACCAGGCAGCAGGACUAAACCAGGCAGCAGGACUAGACCAGGCAGCAGGACUAAACCAGGCAACAGGACUAGAACAGGCAGCAAGACUAGACCAGGCAGCAGGACUAGACCAGGCAGCAAGACUAGACCAGGCAGCAGGACUCAACCAGGCAGCAGGACUAGACCAGGCAGCAGGACUAGACCAGGCAGCAGGACUAGACCAGGCAUCAAGACUAAACCAGGCAGCAGGACUAAACCAGGCAGCAGGACUAGAACAGGCAGCAAGACUAAACCAGACGGCAGGACUAAACCAGGCAGCAAGACUAGACCAGGCAGCAAGACUAGACCAGGCAGCAAGACUAAACCAGGCAGCAGGACUAAACCAGGCAGCAGGACUAAACCAGGCAGCAAGACUAGACCAGGCAGCAGUAGGCAGUUUGUUAGCAGCCUAAGGCUCAAUAAUGGAGCCAGUGUGUGA